CUCGCGCCGCCGCCGGUCGAAGCCGCCUCGGCGCACGCCUGUAGCUGUGAGCUGCGGCCCGCGGGAGAAGUGGCUCGAUAUGUUGGCCUCGAUGCUUCCAAAAGCAGUUUUGUCGCCUUUACGAAGUGCUGCUUACGAUGCUACUCUUCAUCGUUCGGAAAUGUCUCUGUUGCUGGGUGUGCAGCAAGUGAGAUGGAAGAAGCCCAAGGGCACGAAACCUCGGUGGAUGCCGAUUGCCCCCAGCAAGCUUUUCAAAAUUAAUUUGGGACCACCGAAAGAUCCAGAAGAAAUCGCAGUGCUCAGCCGCUUGACCGCUGCCUAUAAAACCGAAAUGAAAGCAAUCAGAAACUUUUGGAGGGAUGAACACCUGAAAGACCUCGAAUUGGCUGACAAGCACUCAGCCCUGUCUCAAGAGGAAGAGCGAGAGCACGAGCGCCUUCUUGAAGAAAAUGAAAAGGAAAACCAGAGGGUUGCUGUACUAAGGAUGGAAAGAAACAAGCAGGAAGAAGCGAAGAGAGUGGAGGAGCUCUUGCAGAGGGAAGCUGAGGCAAAAGCCAAGCUUUUGCAGUUCAAAGAGCGAAUUGAGGAGAUUGUGAGGCUUGAAAAGAAGAGAAGUUCCACGUAUGUCACCCUCGAGAAUUUGGACCAAGCCAUAGAAUUUGCCAUUGAAAACCCAGUCAGCUACAGCUAUGCCAUCGAUCAACAAGGAAAGGAAAUUUGGGAGGGAACGCCUCACUAUGAGCUGUACAAAGAAGGGCCUGCACAUGCCUACGCAAUACCCAGAAGGAAACGAUUUUAAUUUCGAUGCAAGAAUAUAAUCAAUGAGAACCUAGUACUGUUGAAAUGUAUAGUAUUAAACUGUGCAGUAAUUUUUGUACUGUUUAA